UGUAAAAUAAGGUUUUUUUACAGUGUAGUUAAGGAUGAGUUAAUGGUGAUGUGCCCCUCCAAGUACAUUAACUGCUUAUGUGUUCAUGAUCGUUGAACUCAAAUGUUAAUUAAUACAAUCUUUGACAACAUGUACUAACAACUAAUUCAGGUAGCCCUUAUUUGACACAUGAACUCUCGUGACUCAUGUUGUGGUAGUUCAUGAAUAGCGCACGACCUAACUCAUCGUAAAUUCAUAAUAAAGUAAUGUUUAGUUUACUUAUUAAUACAUCAUUAUUCAUGUUCUCUUAUUGUAAACUGUUACCAUUUUUUCAAUGUUUUAUUUUGAAAAGAUUUGCUAAACCAAUAAUUGCUUUGACAAAAAUGAGUGAAAGUUGUAGUGCGCUGAAGUGGCCUGUCUGUGGGUGUCACUAGCGUCUGACUUUAUGCAGAUAAGGAGCUGCUACAUGUGUUUCAAACGGCAGGAUACACCACACAGGAAAAAUGAAUAACACCUGCCUCUGCAUAACGUGAGAAAACCGCUGUCUCUGCAGUUCUCAUAAAAUGACACGCUCAAGACUCUCUGCUCUCAUCCUAACCAUCUGCUUCACAGGACUCUUUUCUAGAGAUGCGUUUUCAUUUCAUCUACCCAUAUCUGUGUGGCAAACGCCUAACAUAACAGCAAAAGAAGGCACAAAUGUCAGCAUCACCUGUCACAUUAAUGCAGAUUCUCGUGUGGAUAGAAUCCUGGUUAAAUGGUGGCAAGACAAUCAAACAGAAGUUAGGAGUGAAGGGAUUACAUCUCCCAAUCGUCUGUCUGUUAAUGGAUUUGUGUUUAUUAACUCAACGUUGGACCUUCUGUCAGUACAUUCAAAUCAUAGUUUUGUGUAUUACUGCUCAGCACAGCUUGAUUUACCUGAACUUGGACCUGUUGAAUAUGGCAAAGGGACUCAUGUAUUUGUGGAGUCUGCACAGGUGACUGUGGAAGAUUCAGGAAACCUGCACAGUAACACAGUGAUGUGGUCACUGUUUUCAGGCUUGGGUUUGGUUGUUCUGAUCAUCUGCAUUGCCUGUGGAAUUCAUAUAAGUUUUAAAGGACACAGCAAAAUGGAACCUGGAACAAAGCAUGGAAUAGUUGCUGCUAACAGUGAAUCACCUGGCUCUGACACUACUGAAAGAGUCAUUUACACAGCAUUAAACAUUCCUCAAGACAGUGUGAAGUCAAGAAAUGAGAACUGUGCUGCUGCAGCUCUUACUUCAGAGAGCUGCACAGAGAUUACGGUGACAUACUCUGAGGUCCACAUCAAAAAAAGACAGAAGGAUGAAUGAUGAGCAUCUUUUGAUAGAAUUUUAUUUAUAUCACGCAUUUUCAUCCUGCGUGUGGGACGGUGUGUUCCUGAGAUCCUGUGCAAUAGUUUUGUGAAUGUAUUUUUGUAAAUACUGUUAUUAUGUGUUACAUAAAUAUUAUGUGCAACCA